UGCGCUUAUGGCGGCGUGCGGUGUUGUUUGGUUUCGCUUGCUUGGUCUGGGGCGCCGGUGCUCGCAUCAUAUCCCGGCGUCGUUCCCAGCAAAACGCUUGCUGAUCUCAGUGACAGUCCGUGCUUUACAGCGGUGCUGGGCGCACGAAGCGUGCUCGCCAACUCACCGCUUGCGGCUGGCGCCGCUAAACACUAACGCGCCGGCGCAAGACGAGCGUUGCGAUUUGUGCUCACUGCUGGGCUUUGACAGCGAGCCCAACUACCGUGCCUGGCAACGCGAACACAAGGAUGUGCUCUUCAAUGUGCCAAACGAUCGGCUGGCAAACACAUGCCGCUGGCUGCUGAGCGAGCGCUUGGAGCGCGAAGCGCUCAGGAAGCACCCUGCUGUCCUGAAGGUCUCCGCCAACACUUUGCGGCGACGCCUGGCCGUUAUUCGCCAAGAGGAGGAAAUCACAGAGUUGAGCUCUGAUGCUGUGCUGGCAUUGCUCUCCUCUUCUGAGUCUCUGCUGUCUUAUGUCUCUGACAAAGGGGGCAUCUGCACUACGCUACGGGACCGGAUGCUCCUGCUGUGCGAGGAGCUGUCCCUGUCCGAGCAGGAGUGUUUGGACCUGAUAAGUCGGGUACCAUGUUUGCUGAGCCACGAUCGUGAACUAUUGAAGCGCAAGCUGAGGAUUCUCAGGGAGUGUGGCAUUUCCAAAGAAGCUGUGCUCAAGGACCCGUGGGUGUUCCGGCAUAGCGAGUCUCUGAUGGCAAAGCGAGCAAAGCAGUGCCGUGCGCUGGGCAUUCCAGUGCGCACGUGGCUGCUGCGCUGCCCCGAGCACGUUCUCCAGCGCCACGUGCAGAUUUGGCGAGCCUCCAGGAGGGUGUUAGGCGCACACCCGGACACGCCCGAGUACCUCGCCGAAAGGCUGCACCGCACGUGCCUGGAGGAUCUGGUGCGCCGCCACCCACGCCUGCUCAGCAUACGACCACCUAAGCUCAAGGAGGUGCUCGACCUUCUGUUCACGAACGGCUACACCGCCGAGCAGGUGUGCCAGUACCCGCGCGUGCUGAGCUCGAGCGCAAGUCGGUUGCGCCGGCGCCUGCAGUGGCUGGCCACACGCCAGGUGCCGCUGCCGUCGCUCUACGCCCUCCUGCUAUCCGAGAAGGCCUUCGAGCGAACCUACGGCAAAUUCUCCGACGAGCACCACCACCACGAGCCUGCCCCGUCACGACCACCCGAAUGCCAAACUGCAAAAUAAACACCAACAACGUCUUCCUAGUA